AGGUUACAUUAGAAAGUCCAAUAUAUAAGUUGUUAUAAGACCGCGUCUUUUCCUCUCCCGACGUACUCUUUCCGUCCUGAUUACUUCUCCCCCAGCUUUUGGCUUUCCUCCCCACCUCCCCCCAACGAACUGACGGCUCUUCCUUUAUUCCUACCGUCAACAUGUGGACGACCACUAGCGGCUUGAGUGGUCGGUCGCUCCGAUUGAGCAUCACCUUUGCCGCUGUCGUGGGUUUCUCGCUAUUUGGCUACAAUCAGGGCAUGAUGGCGGGUCUCCUGAACGGUGACGAGUUCGUCGACUCCUUUCCAAUUCUCAAAAUGCCUGACAAUCCGACUGCGGGGGAAAAACACUACAUCGACGUCAUCCGCGGUGCUGUCACAUCCUGUUAUGAGCUUGGCUGUUUCUUCGGCGCGAUGUUCUCCAUGUUCUUCGGCGACAGACUCGGCCGCACUCGCUUGAUUUGUAUGGGUGCCAGUGUCCUCAUCAUUGGCGCCUUGCUGACAACGGUCUGCUACACUGGUCAUUGGGAAGUUGGUCAGUUCGUUAUUGGCCGUGUUGUAUCGGGUAUUGGAAAUGGUAUGAACACGGCCACAAUCCCGGUCUGGCAAUCAGAAUGCUCCGGCGCGCACAAUCGGGGCUUCCUGGUCUGUUUUGAGGGUGCGAUGAUCGCUGGUGGUACCUUUAUUGCCUACUGGGUAGUCUUUGGUCUCUCGCACGCUGCAGAUUCUGUUCAGUGGCGAUUCCCUAUCGCACUCCAGAUUUUCUUCGCCUUGGUUGUGGCUGGUGGUGCCCUGAUGCUCCCGGAUUCCCCGUCGUGGUUUGUCAUGAGAGGACUUGACAAGGAGGCUUGUGAAGUUCUCGGUAAGCUCAAGGGUACUUCGCCUGAUUCUGAUGAAGUUCUUCGUGACUUCAACUUCUUGAAGACGGAUAUGGAAUCCUCGAAGAGCACCCAGUCCAACUGGAAGACAGUUUUUACAUUCGGCAAAACCCAGGAAUUCCAGCGCCUUCUUAUUGGUUGCUCGGGUCAAUUUUUCCAGCAGUUUACUGGCUGUAACGCUGCUAUUUACUACUCAACGUUACUUUUCCAGGAGAACCUUGGUAUGGAGAAAUAUCUGUCUCUAAUCAUGGGUGGUGUGUUCUCCACUGUCUACGUCCUGGCCACGAUCCCGUCAUUUUUCAUGAUUGAAAAAGUCGGCCGUCGCAAUCUGUACCUGAUUGGUUUCCUCGGUCAGGGGCUGAGCUUUGUGAUUACAUUUGCUUGCUUGAUUAAGGAAACCGAGGAAAACUCGAAGGGUGCCGCUGUUGGUAUCUUCCUUUUCAUUACUUUCUUUGCAUUUACUCUGCUACCACUGCCCUGGAUCUACCCCCCCGAGAUCAACCCCCUCCGUACACGUACUGUGGGUGCGUCGGCGUCUACAUGUACCAACUGGAUCUGCAACUUUGCCGUCGUCAUGUUCACACCCCUUUUCGCUGGCCAGAGCCCAUGGGGUGUUUAUCUCUUCUUCGCGCUCUUCAACUUUAUCGGUUUGAUCUUCGGCUUCUUCUUCUACGUGGAAACCGCCGGCCGUGAGCUUGAAGAGGUCGACAUCAUCUACGCCAAAGCCCAUGUCGAAGGGAAGAUGGCCUGGAGAGUUGCCAACUCCAUGCCCAAGCUCUCCUUCGAAGAGAUCGUCCAACAGUCUCGCGAGCUGGGCUUGGACACCAGCGAACAUGCCGCGCCGGAGAAGACCGAGAUUGGCCUCAGCAGUGACAGUGGUCAGGAGACUGAGGAGGUCCACGAGAAGCAUUAAACGCUCUUCGGAAGUGGGACGUGCGGUCGCUGUGGUUGAAGGUGGUGAUGAUAUUUGAAAGUGGCGGUUAUCUAAUUUCUUUUUGAUUGCUCUGUUUAUUUUCUAUACCCUACACUCGACAUCCGGGCACUUUGAUUGGCCUGUUUUUAAUAUUCCUGUCACCGAUUCUAUGUACAGUAUACCCUGCCUCGUGUGCAUGGACAACUCGGGCACCGAACAGGACUGUC